AUGACGGUCCGUCUCUCCCGGAUCCAGCUGGCCCUGUUCUUUAUCCUGCUCUGUCCGGUCAACAUCAUCGGGCUCUGGUGGGCGGUGGGCAGUCCGCUGGUGAUGGACCCCAACAGCAUUUGCAGGAAGGCGAAGCGUCUGGCGGGGAAGCAGGCUGAGCUGUGCCAGACUCAGCCGGAGAUCGUCAGUGAGGUGGCCAAAGGAGCCAGGCUGGGCGUCAGGGAGUGCCAGUACCAGUUCAGGUACCGACGCUGGAAUUGUACUAGCCACAACAAGUACUUUGGCAAAAUACUGCAGCAAGAUAUCAGGGAGACAGCGUUUGUUUACGCCAUCACGGCGGCCGGUGUGACCCACGCUGUGACCCAGGCCUGCAGCAUGGGAGACCUCCUGCUGUGUGGCUGUGAGGCGACCAGGAACAGAGCACCUCCGAGGCCGUCCUCAUCCUCCUCCACCGGAGACGGAGUCAAGUGGGAGUGGGGGGGCUGCGGAGAUGAUGUGGAGUUUGGUUAUGAAAAGUCGAAACAGUUUAUGGAUGCCAAGAGAAGACGGGGCAAGAGUGACAUCAGGACGCUCAUUGACCUGCACAACAACGAGGCCGGGCGGCUGUCGGUGAAACUCUACAUGCGGACAGAGUGCAAGUGCCACGGUCUGUCCGGGUCGUGCACCUUGCGCACGUGCUGGAAAAAGAUGCCUCAUUUCCGUGAGGUGGGCGACCGCCUGCUGGAGCGCUUCAACGGUGCUUCAAAGGUGAUGGGCGGCAACGACGGCAAGACCCUGAUCCCUGUAGGCCAGAACAUUAAGCCACCGGAUAAGGAGGAUCUGAUCUACUCCGAUGAGUCGCCCGAUUUCUGCCUAGCAAAUCGGAAAACUGGUUCACUUGGGACACGGGGCCGCAUGUGCAACAGCACAGCCAUGGACAUCAGCGGCUGCGACCUGCUGUGCUGCGAGCGCGGCUACCGGGAGGAAACAGUGGUGUUGGAGGAGAACUGUCUGUGUCGUUUCCACUGGUGCUGUGUGGUCCAGUGCAAGAAGUGCUUGGUCCGGAAAGAGCUUAGUCUCUGUCACUGA